UCAUCAUCCCACGUGAUUCUGUGUUGUUGACAGUCUAGGUUAUGUUUAGCUAUCAGAUUAUUUUUUACGUCAUGUAUCAUAUAUGUCGAUGACUGUGAUAGUUUUGUGUAAUCGAAUGCCAAAGUAAUACAAUAUAAAUUUCUCCAUUAUUCUGUUUAAUAUGCUCUGAAAUAGCACACUUAGAGUUUAAUUGCGUCAUUUGUUUUGGAGCACUUUGUUUUAUACACACGUCACUUGUUUUAUUUAAAAUUUUUACAAGUAGCUAUUUGUGCGUAGUAUGUUUUUUAAAGAGAAUUAAGGUGCUGCUUUGAAAUGCUAUUUAUCCCACGGAAUUCUCACCACCUGUCAACAGUGGGUCGAAUUUUGAAGCUAUCCAAUAGAUUUUGGCCUAACCUCUCAUUACCUCUACGUUGUAAAUCAGAAAAUGUUGUUGUCACUAUUGCUGAUGUAUCAAAAGAAGUGAGACCAGCGAAUAAUCCGGAGUACGUUCCAAGGAGAUAUUUGUUAAACACUCACUCUCAAGAGACACUCAGGCAUUUAAAAUGGAUGCUCCAGAAAGACGUUUUGCGUCAGGAUAUGUUUCUGAUGGGUGGACCAGGUAUACGAAGGCGGGAGCUCGCGCUAGCCUUCUUGGAGCUUACAGGACGAGAAUUAGAAUUCAUCGCGCUUACUCGUGACACCACAGAAGCAGAUUUAAAGCAGAGAAGAGAGAUCAAAAGCGGCACUGCUUACUAUCAUGAUCAAAGCGCAGUAAGAGCCGCGACUGAAGGUCGAGUUCUUAUAAUCGAAGGUGUCGAGAAGGCGGAACGGAACGUGUUGCCUGUGUUAAAUAAUUUACUGGAAAAUCGUGAGAUGCACCUGGAAGACGGUAGAUUUCUCAUCCCGGCGUCUCGCUAUAACAAAUUACUGAAGGAACACACUCAAGCGGAAUUAGACGCGUGGCGUCUUGUACGAGUCAGCGAAGAUUUCAUAGUAAUAGCACUGGGGCUGCCGUCACCGCGAUAUCCUGGCAAUCCGUUAGACCCCCCUCUCAGAUCUAGAUUCCAGGCCCGUCACAUUCCGCCGCCGACGUUCGAGGAACAAUUAGACGUCUUGAGAAAGCUAGCGCCCAACGUCGACGUUGCGAAACUUUCGCAGUUGUUGUCGUGCGCUCAUGCACUAGUCACUCAAGAAGCUGUCAGCGUGGGCCUGCCAGAUUUUCCUCUGGACAGUUUACCGUCGGCUGCCUUAAUUCUGGACAAAAGCCCCGACUUGUCGGUGCACAAUGUCUUCUAUAGAUUCUAUCCGUACAAACUAUUCUUGGGCAAGGAGGGCCAGAGUGCCGUGGAGGAUAUCCUUGUGACAUUUAGCGUCUUGAACGGUUCCAAAAAGGAGCGCACUGUCAAUAGCAAAAUAAGCGCCAGCGAGAAAGCGGAUGAUCUCUUAGAGGUCAACGUGAAGCGCGGCGGUGCGGAAGCAAGCUUUCACGUUCCCCGCGGCACGGGUCCAUUAUCGAGUAGCGUGAAUAAUGAUCAUUACAUAGAGACUAAUUAUCAAAAUAAUUUGCUGGCGAGCAUGCUGGAAUCUCACUUGGCAUCCGAUUUCUGCUUGAUCGGGCCGAAAGGCUGCGGCAAAUCCACCACUGUCCGUCGGCUCGCUGAUUUAUUAGGGUAUCAAGUGGAGCCGAUAGUACUUUAUCAGGAUAUGACUUCCAGGGAUUUGAUACAGCAACGGACCACGUCGCACAACGGUGACACGGUCUGGAGAAACUCGCCGCUGGUGGACGCGGCGCUCCACGGCAAGCUAGCCGUGCUCGACGGCGUUAAUAGAAUUCACUCCAGCACCUUGGCUACGCUGCACAGAUUAGUCCACGAUCGGGAGUUGCAGUUGCACGACGGUAAGCGGCUCGUGCGCGCCGAUCGUUACGACGAGAUCAAAAGGGAGCGUAGCAAAUCCGACGGGGAGAUGCGCGAUCGCGGUGUCUUGCGAAUCGAUCCCGCUUUCAGGCUGGUGGCUCUGGCCGAGCCGCCGAUCGUCAACAGCUCGACCGGGCAAUGGUUGAACUCCGAGCUGCUCAGCUUGUUCCUCUUUCACGAGAUGAGACCGCUCGAUAAGCACGAGGAGAUUCAUAUCGUCCGGUCGAAGUUCGGCGAACCCAGCCAGGCGUUGUUGAAUAUCGUAGAACUGGCGCACGUGCUGCGCUCGUCCAGCGAUCCGACGUUGCAAUCGCUCGCGGGAUCGCUCAGCACCCGGCAACUUUUACGAAUAGCCGAGCGAAUGCACAGAUUUAAGGGCGACGACGCUUACGGCGCGGUGCAGCGCGCGUGCCUAGCGCGCUUCUUGCCGGCGAUCGCGAAGCAGGCGCUCGACGACUGCUGCCGCCGACUCGACAUCGUUCCACCGGAGUCCGCGGUGGACGCGAAAAUCGAGUGCACCGUCACGGAGGACAUCGUGAGGAUCGGCGACACCGUCGUGGAUCGGCAUCGCACCGCGGCGCAUAGCAAAGUGCCCGACAUUCUGUUCUACGACGUGCCGGAGCACGUCGCGCUCCUCGAGCGCUUGCUGCAGGACUUCAGUCUCGGGCAGAAUCUACUGCUGGUCGGCAAUCAGGGCGUCGGUAAGAACAAGAUCGCCGACAGGCUGCUGCAGUUGCUCAAUCGGCCGCGCGAGUACAUCCAGCUGCAUCGCGAUACGACUGUGCAGACGCUCACCCUGCAGCCGAUGGUGAAAGACGGCAAAGUCGUUUACGAGGACUCGCCGCUCGUGCGGGCCGUGAAACUGGGCCACGUGCUCGUCGUCGACGAGGCGGACAAGGCGCCCACGCACGUGACGUGCAUACUCAAAACCCUGGUGGAGUCGGGCGAGAUGAUUCUGUCGGACGGCAGGCGGAUCGUUCCUCGCGCCGGCGGCGACGCGCGCGGCGCGAACAGCAUAGCGAUGCAUCCGGACUUCAAGAUGAUAGUCCUGGCGAACAGACCGGGCUUCCCGUUUCUGGGCAACGACUUCUUCGGCGCGCUGGGCGAUCUCUUCAGCACGCAUUCCGUCGACAAUCCGAGCGUGCGGAGCGAGAUCCAGCUCCUGAAGCAGUACGGUCCGCACAUAGACGAGCGGACGAUACACAAGCUGGUGAAAGCUUUCGGCGAGCUGAGAAGUAUGGCCGAUCAAGGGCUGGUCUCGUAUCCUUACUCGACACGGGAAGUCGUUAACAUAGUGAAACACCUGGAGAAAUUCCCGAGCGAGCCGUUAGCCACAGUGGUGCGCAACGUUUUCGACUUCGAUCGAUACAGUCAGGAAAUAUUCGACACUCUGGUGACCGUGCUUCAUAAGCAUGGAAUUCCCGUUGGAACGAGUCCAACGAAUAUCGCUUUAGCUAAAGAAAUACCUUUGCCCGAGAUGAAGAUCUGCGGUAGUUGGAACGUUCUGAGCGCGUUUCACAAUAUACCGGUUCAGGAAAGAUACGUUAAGCUAAAGCCACCGACGUUUCCGGCGCAAAACGACCGAACUCUAGAUCGAGUUGAGGCUAGAUCAGCCUGGUUCACGGAGCUGCAGAGUUACUGGACAAUACCUAUUAGCGAGAAUAGCACGGUGACCGCUUUGGCGGUCGCGAAUGGAAGUAAAGGGGACGGCGCGGACGACAGAAUACACGUUCUCACGGCGAAUCCUCUGAGCGUAUUUAGCAUGACGCCGGAAUCCGAGCGAGUUCGCGAAACGCCGUUGCAGGGCUUGAUAAGCCCCGUCAGGGGCAGCACGCCGUUCUAUAACGUCGCGGUAGAUAAUCUCGGAAAUGUUUUGGUUCACGAGGAAACUAGCAAUUCCAUACUCGUGGUGAACGUAAACGAGGGGUCCGUGCGAGAAUUGCAAAUCUCGUCGUUUUUGGAUGCCGCCGGCGACAGAAUAUCGAACGUCUUUAGCAGAGGCAGGAGUCUGUGGAAGAUGAAAACGGAGUUAUUAUCGUCCCAUGAUCUGAUUGUCUUAUAUACGCAGGAUCAGGACAAGCUCGAGGUUAUCAAUUUGCAGAACAUGUGCGCUUACUCGAUGAAUUUGCCUUGUAACGUCGAGUCGGUUCUGCUCGCCUCCGAGAGGAAAUGGUUAAUUCAGGACACGUCGAAGAAUAAGUACGUUCUCGCGAAAUUUACAGACUCGGAUCCGUGCCCCAACGUCUUGCGCGAGCUGGAUGAAUCUAACAGCACCGAUCUGAAAACCGGCCGGGUACUGAAUUGCGGCCGAGACAGCCUGCACAAUGUGGAGUUGAGCAAAGCUCUCCGGCAGAAAAUCGACUGCCCGAACAGACUUCUGGUCACCGAUAACACAUACGCCGGAAUUGCGACCGGAUUUCCCGAUUUAGACAGCUCUAGCGAACUUCAUUUUUGGCCGAGGAAGGAGAGAACGCGCAGCUUUAUGACGCCUAUUGUCACUCAAAAUGGACAAGUGAUUAGAACGAUUUCGCCCAAUCAAGUACCCGAAGAGGUUUAUCCGAGAGACACGAAACGCGCGGGGAUUUCCGGUUACUUGGAAAUAGUCGACACGGUGAACCACAAGCUGCGAUAUAUUCCCAUUCCGGAACCGGUUAAUGUCUCGCCAUUGACGCAAUGGUUGUACGCGAAAGACUUUCCGCUUUAUGCGUCACUUACGUCGAACGAAGGCCUCGUCACAAUAGACGCCGGCGGCUGUGUCCGUCUAUGGGAGACAUCAAUCGCGAAUAUAGAAAAGUCAUUAGGCGCGUGGCGCAAAAUGAUAGGCGCCGGCGAGGAAAAAUUGCAGAUCACCAAAGAGAGGUAUUCGGGGCAGGAUGUCAGCGGGCCGAAGCACGGGAAGAUCGAUAAAAAUAACGAGCCGCACGUGGGCGGCAAUACUUGGGCCGGGGGAACCGGAGGUAGAGACACGGCGGGCUUGGGCGGGAAGGGGGGACCGUAUCGGCUGGACGCCGGGCACACGGUGCACCAGCUGAGCGACGAAGAGAAGAAUGCGGUACCGGAACAUAUAAAGAAGGCCGCUCGCGAGAUGGGCCUGCGCGCGUUCAAGCAGCGGCUCAAGGACAUAAAAAUGAGCGAAUACGACCACAAGCUGUACAGCCAGUUCAGCGACGCGGUUCACAAUCAGGUGCAAGCCUUGAGGGUCGUAUUAGGCACGCUGCAGGCUAAAAGCAACGAGCGACAAUGGUGCCGGCAUCAGACGUCCGGCGAGCUGGACGAUACGAAAUUAAUCGAGGGAUUAACGGGCGAGAAAACGAUUUACCGGCGUCGCGCGGAGAAAGAGCCGGAGAUUGGCGCCCCGCAAUUGAAGCCGAAGCGAUUGAAACUUGUCGCGGAUGUGUCCGGUAGCAUGUACAGAUUCAAUGGUUACGACGGCCGGCUGGACCGCGAGCUGGAGGCUUGCGUUAUGGUAAUGGAGGCUUUCAGCGGUUACGAGGGAAAGUUUCAAUAUGACAUUGUCGGCCAUUCCGGCGACGAUUAUCGUAUCGCGUUUGUUGAUCACACGCAACCGCCUACGGACAAUAAGCGAAGACUGGAAGUAAUUAAGACGAUGCACGCUCACUCGCAAUUUUGCAUGUCUGGCGACAAUACGUUGGAAGCGACGCAGCACGCAAUUGCGAGUCUGGCGAAAGAGGAUUCCGACGAGUCUAUCGUUGUUGUGCUCUCGGACGCGAAUCUAGAACGUUACGGAAUUCCCCCUGAGCGAUUCGCGAGAGUAUUGACGUCGAACGCGGACGUGAAUUCCUACGCUAUUUUUAUUGGAUCGUUGGGGGAUCAAGCCACCAGAUUAAUGAAAAAGAUGCCCUCCGGUCGCGCGUUUGUGUGCAUGGACCUUAAGAAUAUACCACGAAUUCUGCAACAAAUAUUCGCCGCUUCGGUUUUGAGCACGACGCGAUCAUCGUAAUGAAAAUUACGAUUAGACAAAAUAAUUAAUUAUUAUAAUUAGACAAAAUAUUUUACAUAAAAAGAUUAGAUAAAUGGUGCCUGUUUUGUAAUCAUGAAAGGAUUUAAUAUUUUUCUAGGAGCUCAUGCUUGUAUAUGGAAUACAAUUACAUUUAUAUAAUUAUUGUAAAUUUUUAUAAAUAAAAAUUGUUUCCAAUU